AUGACACAACAGCAUGAAAAUCCGCUGGAAGGUCAUCCGAGAUAUGAGAAGGUGUCAGAUGUCAACAGCGGGUCCUUCGGCUUCGUGAUGAAGGCCAGGGACAGACUGACAGGGCGACUGGUGGCCAUCAAAUUCCUUCAUCGGGGGGACAAAAUCCACCGUUACGUCCAGCGUGAGAUCCUGAACCACAAGAGGCUGAGGCACCCACAUGUUGUACAAUUCUACGAGGUGUUCCUCACCGAAGAGUUUCUGGCUAUCGUCAUGGAAUUUGCGGACCAGGGGGACCUGUUCCUCUUUGUGCAGCAACGGGUGCGCCUCAAGGAGGAUUUGGCACGGUGGAUUUUUCAGCAGCUCGUCUUUGGCCUGGAUUACACCCACCGGAGAGGCGUGGCCAACAGGGAUGUGAAGCUGGAGAACGUUUUGCUGCAGUCUGGGCACCACUUGCCGCUUGUGAAGCUGUGCGACUUUGGCUACUCCAAGCAUGAGGACUGGGACUCCGCCCCAAGGUCGAGAGUGGGCACGCCCGACUACAUGGCUCCCGAAGUUGUUCGCAACAGGGACGGCUACUACGAUGCAAAGAUGUCCGACAUCUGGUCGUGCGGCGUCGUGCUGUACGUCAUGCUCGUUGGAAACUACCCCUUCAGCCAAACCGAAGACAACAAGAUGACGGAGGACUUGCGCCAGAAGCAGGUGCUCAAUCGCAUCGUUGCCCUGGAGUAUCGAAUGCCGCCGGACCUGACUCCGGAGUGCCAGGACCUUAUCCGGAAGAUUCUUGUCACGGACCCCCGCCGGCGCCUCACGAUCACGGGGAUCAUGGAGCACCCUUGGUACAAAGUGGGCCUGCCGCCGAACGCCCUGACGAUGAAUGACAUCUAUCUGGGGGCGUAUGACGAGGCGGGACUCCAGACUGACGACGACAUCAAGAGGAUCGUGAGCGAGAGCAUGAAGGCCCAUGGCUUUGCCGGGGAUGAGAUGAACUCGUCGGAGUUCGACGCCCAGUACUUGGACGAAGUUAUUGACAAGGAGCUGAACAACCUGGGAUCGUCGGACGCGGGGCAGUUCAGCUAG